AUAUCAGAUUGAAUUGUGGGUAGGUCAGUAGAUUCAACACCAUAUUUGGUCAUAGGAACAAAAAAAUCUUUUCUUGCUUCAAAAUUGAAUUACCGUUUGAAUAUACAAAUAUGUUAUCUUUUUCGAUGUUUUAUCGCAUUUUAAACUGUAGCCAUUUAUUGUUCCCUGCUCCAUUUUGAAGGUAGCGUUUUCUUUGCAUCGAAGCAACGACCGUUUAGCAUAGAAUGAUAGAUCAGGAGGAGCCGACGGGGCCUGUUCUUCUAAAUUGACAAUCUCACAAGAGAAUGUGGCGCCCUUCCUUCUUUAAAAUAAUUUUAAAAUAUAUAAUUCUUAAAGCCGAUUUAGACGGUGCGACUUUUGCCUACAACUAUCGCAUGCAACAUGCCUAAGUCAUCCUUACAACGUGGCUAAAACUGUCGUAGGGUUAUCAAACAAUUGUUUUUAAUCUCUACGACAGUCGUAGCCAUGUUGUAAGGAUGACUUACACACAGAUUGCUUGCGAUUGUUGUGUGGCAAAAGUUGUACAGUCUAUAAAUCAGCCUUUAGAAAGUAUUCCUUGCCUGGAGAGUUCUUUUUUCCUGAAUUUCUCUCUGGCAACCAGUGACUUACAGAUGGCUGGGACAUAAGAACAGAUAUAUUUCUUCCGUCGGCUCCUCCUAAUACCUCAAUCGAAUGGCUUCAAUGCACAAAUUUUUCAAGAUGGGAUUUGUACCCAUGCUCUGGUGAUACGAAAGUCGAUAAUUCUGCGCAUUACCAUAAAUAAUAGAUUACAAAGAUAUAAUACACUCAGCCGUGUUUAUAUGCAUCCAGAAGACCUAACUAACCAUCAACAGCAACCUUGAGUAAUAACUAGAGACGUGAUAAAGUUGUACCAUAGAGAAACGUCAGUUAUUUAUUUCCUUAAAACUGGAUAAUAUAUCCUUGUCGUAGACAAUGUCGUUCUUGUGUGAAUAUAGAUGUACAUUCUCACACUAUUUUGGUCGAAACAGACGGACUUGGUGUCCCGAUAUGCGGAGCCAACUUCAAUUCAUGGGCUAUAAGCUCUAAGGUCGGAACUCUGGGGUGUCGAAACAACGUCAUUAUACGAGAGGACCUUUGAAAACAAGUUUAUUUGCACCAUUUCAUUAUGACGUCACAUAAACAUUCUAUUGCUUUUAACGCUAAGGAUUAUGGUGGUCGCCAUGGGGGAUCAAACUGACUGCAUAUCAAAUAAAUUGUACAUCUUCGCCGCAUGGAUCAUAUCAAAACCUCGACAAUUUGAAGUUUUAAUUUCUGAGGGAAUGUAAAGUGACCGGCUAAGCCAUAUUUCCAGUGUUUUUGAGCAUCUUUCUCCGAUACAUACAUACUGUGACGUCAUUAUGAAAUAGGGAAAUAUCCGGUUUGUGAAUUUUGACUCAGUAGUCUCACACAAAGGAAUCAAGACGAUGCGCCGUGCAUGAAGCUCAUUCAUUCGUGAAAAGACAAAGUUUUUCACAAUUGACUGAGCUUUAUGCACGGCAACUCGUCUUGAUUCUUGUGUUUGACUACUGAGGCGAAAUUCGCAAAUCGGCUAUUAGACGUACAUGUGUGUCGUACACACAUGACGUAAAGGAGCUUUCUUCGCUUUGGCCUUUGCAGCUGCAACUCAUAGCGAUCGGUUGUCAAAGGGUGGUCCGUUUUACACCUGAUACUGGUGUCUUGACAACCAAUGAAUAAAUGAAUUCCUUUAUCAUAAUGAUARUGGUUAUGACUUCAAAAUUCAUCAACUGAGUUCUAGAUCACUCGUCUAUAAACAAAAUCCCAGAAAGAUGUUCGCCAGCUUAAUAAAAGAGGACAUAGUUUGGACAUGAUGAGGCUGUGACAAUGAAGUUCGUUCUUGUGAUCUUCAUUUUGACAAAAGCAACUUGGUCGUUGGGUUCUUCUCCAUUCAGAGGGAGCUGCAAGAGAGAAGCCGUUUUCAAAAAGAAAGAUCCAGACAAAGCUUUGACCAAUCACCUGAUCACUACYCUUGACGUCACUUCCGCUUCAGACUGCACGUUGGAAUGUCUUGAGCACCCAAAAUGCGUUUCAUACAAUUUGCAGCAAACAAAUUCACCAAUCAAAAAAUGUGAGCUGAGCGACCAAGUCAAGGCCUCAAAACCAGCUGAUCUGGUCAGCAGACCUGGUUACAGUUACCAUGACGCCCAAGACUUCGUUUUGUCGGUAUGCAUGUCAUCUCCAUGUAAGAACAAUGGUAAAUGCAUCGACGAGUGCAGGAAUGAUUACACAUGUGAAUGUACCGAUGGUUACAUUGGUGAGAACUGUCAGACCUGGAUAGGGUUAAAUGGUACAAAGCCCAAUUUUGCCGGUAAAUCUUGUUGGCAUAUCAAAAUGUUGACCUAUUUAGAUGCACCUGAUGGGAAGUACUGGCUCAACCCGACUAACACAGGAAACCCAUUUCAUGCUAUUUGUGAUAUGACUACCGAUGGAGGUGGAUGGCUUGUUGUCAAGAACACAACUUUAACAUCUUCUUCACCUCCUGCUGGUGUUAAUAAAUAUGGUUACCGAUCGCUUGAAUUUUUCGAGAAUAAUAAUCUCCUUCAUGGUUCCGGUCUCUCCAGCUUAAAGAACGACAUGGGUUUUACUCAGAUACGAUUCUACUGUAAAAAGAAACAGGUUAAUAGAGUUCUCCAUAUUAUGACGACACAAGACGACUUGGGAUAUGCAGCUGUAAGAUAUUUGGCGGUUUCGAAUUCUCCAUUUGGACCAACUGCUUGUAAUUCUUUCACUCGAUUACCCGACGACACAUCUCGACUGUCACAAAACUGUGCAAAGUGGGGCUACAAGAACGGCGCGAUKGAGGGAAACCACUGGGGACAUAGUGGAAAUACAGGACAACACCGUAUGUACAACAGAGUUAUCGUAUGGUCUGGAAAAUAUAUGCUGUUUAUGGGGGAAAAGUACUGUUGCGACGAUAUUGACCAAGACCACAAUCAUUCAAUCGGGGACACGUAUAAAAUGUUCGUUCGGUAGAAUUAUCGUUUCAUUUACUGUGGGUUGGGUAACCUUUCCACAGAAAUAAAAGUUAAAAUGCUAGCACAAGGAGUCUAAAUCCAAUAAUAUUUCAAACUCGUUUGAACUUGCCUAGAAACUAGGACAUGUUUCUUUUUUUUUUUUGCUUGUUUUUUAAUUGUGUUUCAAAGGAAGACUUCUUGAAACAAGGAAUAAAGUUCAAGAAAUGAA